AUGUCCGUCGCCGGCAAUGGUUGUCUGUCCCGGUCGGCCACGAGGGUGGUGGCCAAGGAGGCGAACGGGUUCCACCUUCUGCGCAUCGACGGCUACUCGCAGACCAAGACGGUCCUCCCCGGCCAGAAGCUCUCCUCCCACCCGUUCACCGUCGGCGGCCACAGCUGGCGCAUCGACUACUACCCCAACGGCCGCGACGCCUCGGCGGAUCACAACGCCAUCUCCGUCUACCUCCAGCUCGCCAGCAACCACCCGCAGCCCCUCCAGGCGCGGUACAAGUUCAGCCUGCUAGACGACGGUGGCAACCCCGCCUACGAGCUCCCCGCCGAGAAGGGAUCCUUCGCCGGCGUCCCCGUGGUCAACCACUACCCUAACGGCAACACGAGGGCGGUGGGCACGUUGAACAACGGCGGCGCGGAGGAGGAGCAGGGGCCAGGGUGCGGCCACGAGGAGUUCAUCAAGAAGGAGGACCUGGAGAGGCGCGAGCACCUGGUCCGCGACGACAGCAUCGUGGUCCGUUGCGACGUGGGCGUCACGCAGAUUGUUAACUCGGUUCUGGCGCAGGACGAUCUGGUGAACAACGCAUGGGGAGACGAGGAGGAGGGCUACGAUCAGUACGACGCACAAGGGAUAUUAGUUUUUUCAUCUAGUCAUCCAUUUUCGUCCACCAUGGACAUGUCCGUCGCCACCGUUGGUCAACUGUCGCGGUCGGCGUCGAGGGCCAUUGCCAAGGCGGCUAACGGGUUCCAUCUGCUCCGCAUCGAGGGCUACUCAGAGACCGAGAUGAUCCUACCUGGACAGAGGAUCUCCUCGGAAGACUUCACCGUCGGCGACUACUCGUGGCGCGUGGACUGCUACCCCAACGGCCGCGACACCUCUAUGAAAUCCAACGCCAUGUCCGUCUACCUCCAGCUCACCGACCAAAUCAUUGUUUAA